AUGUCAACCACUCUAUCAAGCUCCCUGACCGAGGCCAAGCUAGUUCCCGGUUCAGCAGCUAGCUUAAUCCCGGAAGACUUCAAGCCGACGACGAAUCUGAAGGUCUCAUUUGAUGGAAAGGACGUUGAGUUGGGGAACUUGUUUCGUGCGAGUGAGUGCAAGCGCGCUCCAAGCAUACAGUUCGACCAAGAGCCCGAUGCUCCUGGAGAUGCUACCUACAUGCUCCUGCUUGUCGAUCCUGAUGCGCCAACGCCCGAUGACCCCAAGUUUGCCUUCUGGCGCCACUGGGUUCUCCCUGGCCUGAGGCCUCUGAGCGGUGGAGAUGCAGUGGCUCAAGUGCAACCUGCUCUCACAGAAUACUUGGGUCCUGGCCCGAAGGACGACUCUAAGCCUCACAGAUACUUGCUUCUUUUGUACCGCCAACCCGUCAGUCUUGAUCUUGCAAAGGAGGAUGUCGGUGGCGAAGAGUUCACGCAAAGAAGGUCUUUCGAUACUGCCAAGUUUGUUGAGAAGCAUGGACUACGACUCGUGGGCGCGAACUGGUUCCUCGGUGCUGGAGAUGGCUGGAAAGAGUAG